UUACCGAAAGAACCAAACAAGUUGCCUACAGUUGUUUAGGGCUAAGAGUGGGUCUCGUGUUUGGCUAGCUAGUCGGCUAAAAGUCGAGGUUAGUCUUGACUUAAAGUUUUCGUGACUGUAGGACAAAAAAUAACAUUUUGUUAUUUUUGUUAUUUUAUUUUAACCUAUCUACGUGACUUUACCGAAAGACCCAAAGAAUAGUCGAGGUAGUGUCUGGUGGACUUGAUGGCUCCGCCCCCAAACUGCCUGCCACGCCUCCCGCCACUCCUCCGUUCGGCUGUUACGGUUGUUGGGCACCGCGUUCCGUCUCCCCAGAGUUCGCAUUUGCAACUUGGCAAGAGGAGGCAGCCGCGAUGCCUCGCGGCUUCUUGGUGAAGCGGCGAAAAGAGCGCGCGGUGGCGCCGGCGCACAGAUGGGAAUUGUGCGGGUUCCAUCAUUCAGAGCAAGGAGAAACUCCUCUAGCGGAGGCAGCAGCAGCAAGAGCGUCAGAAGUAACAGCAUUAAAAGCAGCAGCAGCAACAACAGCAGCAUUAGAAAUAACAGGAACGGCAGCAAGAGCAGUCCACGCAUAUCGUGCGCAUGGGGACAUUCCUGCAUGCACCCCCUUUGUGUCCGUGGUGGAUCUCUCCCCCGCCGUACCUCUUCCACGGAGCAACGCGGCCGUAGGAGACGAUUAUGACGACGAUGAUGAUGAUGGUGGUGGUGGCCAGCGGAACAUAUCGGCUAGCGACCUCGACUCGACGUCACAAAUCAGCUCUCUUACCCUGCCGCCUGUGCCGGCAUUGACGGAGAUCUCUGCGAAGAAAUUCGAGAAUAAGAGGAUGAGGCCGGUGAAUAAGUGCCAGGGCGAUAGCGCGCCCAAUAAUCAGACGAUGAAGAAGCCCAAAUUGGUGGAGGACGCGCUGUCCUCACCGGUGUUGGGUCUCGUGAUCGCCACGGAACCCUGGUGCCGAGUCGAGCCCACGGGCUCCGUGGGAAGUUUCGUGUGCCAGCUGUGCGGGCUGUCGUACGAGGACCCAUCGGCGCUCGCUCGGCACGGGUGCUCGCGCAUUGUCCGCGUGCUCUACACGUGCCCCGAAUGCGACAAGAGCUUCAGCUGCUCGGCCAACCUGGCCUCUCACCGCCGGUGGCACAGACCGCGUCUCGGCAACGACGAGGUCGAGGUGAAGGAGAAUCGGCGGCGAGGGGGCGCCCUGGAGUGCCCGCGAUGCGGCAGAACUUUCAGCAAACGCGACUCCCUGCUUAAGCAUUUGGCCGCCCUGCACGGCGACUUUCAGCACCAAGGACAGCAGCGACUGCAGCACCAUCAAGGACAGCGCGCGCAGCAGCAGCAGCAGCACCAGCAGCAGCAAGUACAGCGACAGGACCACCACCCAGGACAGCGGCCGCAAGAGCAGCAGCACCAGGGACAGCGACCUCCACAGCAGCAGCAGCAUCAGCUGCAACAAAAGUUUGCGAGCGAUGCGCAAACAGCGCCGCAUAUUGUCCAAAGCUGCCCGAAGCUGCUCUUUGGUCCGGAGCCGAACUUGGCCGUUCGGGAGGUUUUGCUGAAAUCGUGCGGUGGUGCGGGGGGUUUGUGCUGAGUUACAGACUCGGGUUUUACCAGAGCCCGGAGCCAUUUCACGUCGCCGAAGCAGACACACCCAUGGGCUCAUGCAGUUCCAGACGACGUCUGUAACUUUCUCGGUUCUGACAUGGGUUCUGUGUCAUUUCGUUCGUUCUUUCCGUGUGUUCGUUCUAUUUAUCGUGUAUUCGUUUCUUCUAACGCUGAUUUCUAAAGCUGUGUUUCAGUCGAUGCAAUUCGUUAUCACCAACAUCCUUUGAAAAAACACAUCUCAGGCUUUGAUAUGAACUGAAAAGUGUGAACUUGAUCAUGUUUAUGCUCUUGUAUGUAAUGCUCCAAGUUGUUGAUACUGUUUGACUCUGCGUUAGAUGAAGAUUUAUGAAUUUUUUUUGGUCAGAAUUUUGCUUGCAAUACAAUAAAUUUACCUUUUGAUACAAUUCUACUUUGAUGCGGUCUGUAUGCAUUGCUCUAUGGUGACAUUCUCUACAGUAUAGGUUAAUACUGUAAUGAUAAUUUAAUCUACUUAUCUACGUAAACGUCACCUGGUCUCAAUCAUUUUUCGGGAGGGUCAUAAAUUGGGAUGUUUGGAAAUUCCAUUUGCAACUGGAAGGAGUGGAAACCGGAGGCCACGCAUACAAGGAGGUGUCACGUGAAGCUGCGGUAGGCUGGUG